CUCUCUCUCUCUCUUGUCCGCUCCCCUCCCUCAGUAGCUAUGACCUACCUUGCUCUUGCUCCUCUCUGCAAAAUGCUCUCCAUGUUUCGAAAAUCCUUCAAUUCUUCCAAAUGCAAGACAUUGGUGAAGCUGGCCAUGUCCAGGAUAAAGCUACUGAGGAACAAGAAAGAUAUACAGAUCAAGCAAAUGAGGAGAGAUGUAGCCAUGCUUAUCGAGUCUGGGCAGGAAGCAAGUGCUAGGAUUCGGGUUGAGCAUGUCAUAAGAGAGCAAAAUAUUGCGGCAGCAAAUGACAUAAUUGAACUCUUCUGUGAACUAGUUGUCGCACGUCUUUCAAUCAUUGAAUCAAAGAGGGGCUGUCCUGUGGACCUGAAGGAAGGGAUUUCAAGUCUAAUAUUUGCUGCACCUAGAUGUGCAGAUAUUCCUGAGCUGCUACAGAUCCGUAACAUUUUCCAAAAGAAGUAUGGGCAUGAGUUCAUAGCUGCUGCAACAGAACUUCGACCAGAUUGUGGUGUUAACCGAACAUUGAUUGAGAAGCUAUCAACAAGAACAGCUUCUGGGGAAGCGAAGCUGAGGGUCAUGAAAGAAAUUGCAAAGGAGUAUCACGUUCAAUGGGAUACAGCUGAAUCCGAGCAAGAGCUGCUGAAGCCUCCUGAUGAACUUCUGCCUGGGCCUGCAACAUUUGUUAGUGCGACAAGCAUGCCUUUUCAAAAUUCAGGUGAUAACACCCAAGCAAAUGAGAAAACUAAGAGGAUCAGCGAUCCUAAGGCUUUGAACAGAGUGGAAGAACACAAUAGCAUGUACUUUGAAAAUACAGCUUCAGCUGCUCGGGCGGCAGCUGAGUCUGCAGAAAAAGCUGCCGCAGCAGCAAAAGCUGCUGCAUUUCUGGCCAAUCAAAAUUUGCCUAACGAUGGUGAAAGAUUUGUACAUUCUCCUGGAAGUGUAUCCCAAACUUACUCUGAAAAUCCGAACCAAGCUUCAAGAUCAAAUAAUCAAUCCGAAACAUUUGGAGGAUGUCAAAGUAACUUAAACCGAAGUCAUAAUCAGACCAAGAGUAUUCAUGAUAGGCUUUAUGCUUCCCAAAACUAUGGAGUGUCUCAUAAUUUGGGGGAUGACAAGAGAUCUGCUGGUUUCAAUGAUGCCAAUAUGCAAAGAAGGCAUAGCUACAAUGGGCCUCCAUCUUCCACCAAUGUACAGUCUAAUGUGGUGUUUGACGACUCAUGCUCAGAAAGCGAAGAGGAUGGAGAUGUUGGGGAUAACUUUUCUGGUUAUGAUCAUGUUUCAGAUGACACUCCAGGCCAUGUCUGGCAUGGUCAUCCACCGAAUCGGCGUCCUCCAUCAAUACCAUCAUUAUGCUCUAGUGAUCAAAGGAUGGAGAAUUUCGGCUUAGGCACUGUUGCCCCUCACACUCAUCCAAACUUACCAGAUUGUGAUGCUCUCACAGCUCGUUUCGAGGCACUCAAGGCCCAUAAAAAAUCAUAAACAGUUUGUUUUCUGAGUAUUGAGAUACAUUCUUUUUGGCAAUUAUAUGCAAAUACUUUAUGUUUAAAAAAGUUAUGCCUCAGUAUCUGCAUAGUAUUAUUUGGACUUGAAUGUCAUAUAUGAAAUGUGAUUGAAGCUGAUUCUAUUCAA